GAGCAUACGCUCUCGGCGCGUGACGCAGUACGUUUUGGUAUAACUACGUGACGCGCGGCGGUCGCUUUCUCUUUGAUCGCCCGACCGCCUUUCAAGAUGGCGCCGCAGAAAGACAAGAAGCCUAAGAAGUCAACCUGGAAAUUUAAUUUGGACCUUACCCAUCCAGUAGAAGAUGGAAUUUUUGAUUCGGGAAAUUUUGAACAGUUUCUACGGGAGAAGGUUAAAGUCAAUGGAAAAACUGGAAAUCUGGGGAAUGUUGUUCACAUUGAACGCUUCAAGAAUAAAAUCACAGUUGUUUCUGAGAAACAGUUCUCUAAAAGGUAUUUGAAAUAUCUUACCAAGAAAUACCUUAAGAAGAACAAUCUUCGUGAUUGGCUUCGUGUGGUUGCAUCUGACAAGGAGACUUACGAACUUCGUUAUUUCCAGAUUAGUCAAGAUGAAGAUGGAUCUGAGUCUGAAGACUAGAUGAAGCUGCCCCUUAAAGGGUUUUGCUUGUUAAUAAAACAAAUGAAGCAUGGAAAAGAAAGAAACAUCUAGAAAUGGACUUUUAGUUUAUUCAUAAAUAAAAAGCAUUGUACUCUGUA